CACUGAGAUAGUGUGCAAGCAGGAGGAGGCGAGACAGUGAGAGCAAGAGGGAGAGAGGGAGAGAGAGAGAGAGAGAGAGAGAGAAGCAAGGUGCAGCUUCCCACAUUGCAGCCGCGACUGGCAGGCUGAUAGGAGCUCCCUUCUAAACGGUGGCAACAACAGGCCGUAUAACACUUUCUGGCUGAAAGAUCGAUACAGCAACGAGAAGCUGCCUUUGGGAACAGAGAAGAGGGGUAGGAGUCCGCAUCAAAGAGCCAAGAUCGACAUUACUAACUGGGCUUCUUUAACCAGGGGAAGAAUCUUGCAGACUUUGUGAAGACAUCUAAAGGUACUGGCCCUACUCCUGUGAGGUUAGACUGGUAAAGAAGAGGACUAUUAUUGGCACUUUUAAGCUAACACAGCCACAACAGCUUCAUACAAGCGGAAUGAAGAUCAGGGAGAGACCUCACAGGCUGAACUCAGUACACAGCCACUCUGAAAAGUUAACUAACUAAACAGGGAAAAGUACAUGCUGAACUCAAAAGAAGCCAAAAAAUGAUGACAUGGAAACAAUGCAAAGAGUGCCAGUCUCGUUGAGGAAUUGGAGAAUCUACUCUAGACCCUCAGCUGUGAUGCGCGGUUGCACCAUGGUGUUGUGUAGUUCUCUGGUGGGCCUGGCUAUGCUGUUUCUCGGAGUCCAUGCUAUCCCAGCCCAUGACGGCAAACUGGUGCAGACCACCAGGGUCAGGAGGCAAGCCCCCAAUGGUGAAGGCCUCCAAAGCAACCAGACACAACCUAUGAUCUUCAACCAUGUGUACAAUAUCAAUGUCCCUCUGGAGUCCCUGUGCUCUGUCGAUUUAGACUCAGGGUCAAAUCCAAAGGCUUCUAUGGGGGAUGAUAAGCCACCCACAGAGUACAUGGAGCAGACCAUGGAUUCAGACAGUCAGGUGACCUUCACCCACCGCAUCAACAUCCCUAAGCAAGCGUGUGCCUGCCCUGCGUCAGCUACCCUGCAGCAGCUAGCCAGCCGCAUAGAAAUGCUGGAGAGAGAGGUGUCCCUGCUGCGAGCUCAGUGCAGCAGUGGCUGCUGUGGAGAAAGCUCUGCCAUGGGUCGCUUGGACUUUGUUCCCCACUGCAGUGAUCAUGGAAUCUUCAGUAUGGAGGUGUGUGGCUGUGUGUGUAAUGAAGGCUGGACAGGUAAGAAUUGCUCAGAGCCUCGGUGUCCAGAUGAUUGCUCUGGCCAGGGCAUGUGCAUUGAGGGCGAGUGUGUAUGUGACCGGGACUUUGGAGGCGACAACUGUUCUGAGCCACGAUGCCCUGGAGACUGCUCGGACCAUGGCCUGUGCAUUGAUGGAGAGUGUGUAUGUGAAGAGGCCUACUCCGGGGAGGACUGCUCUAUUGGCAGAUGCUUGAACGACUGCUCUGAACAGGGCAUCUGCCUGAACGGAACUUGCCAGUGUCGGCCAGGCUUUCUGGGAGAGGACUGCUCACGAGUCUUCUGCGCCAACAACUGCAGCCAGAAGGGAGACUGUAAGGAUGGCUUCUGCGUUUGCCUGGAAGGUUACACUGGAGAUGACUGUGCUUCAGUGACUCCUCCCUUGAAUCUGCGAAUUCGGGGAGUGACGGAACGUACCAUUGAUGUAGAAUGGGAGGGUUCGCUGGUUGUGACAGAUUACCUGAUUACAUACGUUCCCACAAGUCCUGGUGGAAUCCAGCUGGAGAUGAGAGUUGAAGCGAAUGUGACCAACACCACUAUCAAAGAGCUGGAACCAGGCCUGGAGUACAACAUUAACGUCUAUGCUGUGAUUAACAACAUCAUCAGCGUCCCAAUCAGCGCCCUGGUCUCAACCUAUCUCUCAAAUCCAGACGGUUUACUCUUCAAAUCUAUCACAGAGACGUCCGUGGAGGUUCAGUGGCAACCCUUCGACUACUUGUUUGAUGGUUGGGAAAUAAGCUUCAUUCCCAAGGAUAAUGAUGGAGGGAUGACAGCUCAACUGCCCAGCACCAUCACCUCCUUCCAUCAGACUGGUCUGAGGCCUGGAGAGGAGUACACAGUUAACCUGGUGGCUCUGAAGGACCAGGGCAGAAGCCAGCCGGUCACAGCCACAGUGACCACUUUAAUUGAUGGACCAACCCAGCUCAUAGUCCGUGAUGUAUCUGACACAGUGGCAUUUGUGGAAUGGAUGCCGCCCAGGGCUAAAGUGGACCAGAUUGUUCUGCGUUAUGGAUUAGUUGGUGGUCAUGGGCCCAAGACUACAUUUCACUUGGAGCCCACUCUGAGCCAAUACUCCCUGCAGGUCUUGCGGCCUGGCUCCAGAUAUGAGGUUUCUGUUAGCGGAGUUCGCAAGGGCAAUGAGAGCGGAGCCAUCUCUGCCGAGUUUACCACGGUUCUGUCAUUUUUCUCAGAGAUCGACGCUCCCAAGAACCUGCGAGUACUUGAUAGGACCUCCACCACACUAGAGCUGGAGUGGGACAACAGCGAGGCAGACGUGGAAAGCUACCAAGUGGUCUACAGCACUCUGGCCGGAGAUCAGUAUGACAAAGUCACAGUCCCACGCAGCGAAGGAGCUACCACCAAAACCAUUCUCACCGACUUGCAGCCUGGUACCGAGUAUGGCAUUGGGAUAUCAGCCAUUCUUGGCACCAACCAAAGCAUCCCAGCCACGAUGAAUGCCAGGACGGGUUUGGAUGUCCCUAUGGACCUAAUGGUCACUGACUCUACAGACAACACCAUCUCUUUACUCUGGGGCACAGUCCAGGGACCUAUCGAUCACUACAGGGUGACCUACACCUCAGCUAGUGGAGUGACCACUGAGGUGACCGUGCCCAAAGACAUCAACAGAACAACGCUGAGUGGCCUGGAACCCGGCAUGGAGUAUACCAUCACAGUCAUGGCCCAGAGGGGCCGGCAGCAAAGCUCUGCUGCCACAAUCGAUGCCUUUACAGGCUUCCGCCCUGUGAGACAGCUCUACUUCUCGGAUGUCACUGCCGACUCUCUGACUGUGUCUUGGAGCGCCCCCGCCCCACCUGCCAGUAGUUUCAGACUGUUCUACAGUACCCAGGAUUCCAGUGAUGAGUCUGAAGUCAUUCUGUAUGGGUCUAAAACCAGGACCGUCCUGACUGGCCUCUUGCCUUCCAGACAGUACACAGUUACCCUUAUUGCCAUACAUGGAGACACAGCCUCAGAGCCCAUCACAGACAUCGUCGUCACAGGAAUGGAUCCUCCCAGAGAGAUGACUGUGUCAUAUGUCACAGAAGACUCAGUGACCAUAUCAUGGGUUCAGCCGCUUGCUCCCUUUGAUUACUACAAAAUGUCUUACCAGUCUGCUAGAGGUCGAGUGGACAGUGUUGUGAUUGACAAGGAGGCAGCUAACUUCACACUGACCAGCCUCCAUCCUGCAACAGAAUAUGAAAUCAAGCUGAAUGCUGUGCAGGGAAGUCAGGAGAGCAGAGUCAUCAGCACCAGCGUCUUCACAGCCAUGGACAUGCCUAUGGAGCUGACUGCCCUGAACGUCACCCCGCAAGGGGCACUGCUGCGCUGGACUCCACCGCUCUCUAGUGUGGACAACUAUGUUCUGACCCUCACUCGCAACCAGGUUACAGCAGACACAUUUCUUGUGGAAGGAAAUAAGCAGGAGUAUCAGUUGAGUCAGCUGAUUCCCAGCACUGCUUACUCAGUGGCUCUUUAUGCCACCAAGGGUCCUCUUACCAGUGGGACCGUCAUCGCCAACUUUGUCACACCCAUGGAUGCGCCCCAGAACCUGACAGCCAGCGAGGUGAACCACCGCAGUGCCCUCAUCUCCUGGCAACCACCCAUUGCAAACAUUGACAACUACAUGCUGACCUACAAGUCGGCCGACGGUGGCCGUAAGGAGCUGAUACUGGAUGCUGAGGACACAUGGAUCCGGCUGGAGGGGCUGGCGGAGGCCACCGAGUACACUGUACGAUUGCAGGCGGCCAGAGGCCUCGAGACGAGUGCCAUCGUCUCCACCUCCUUUACCACAGGAAACCGAUUGUUUGCCAUGCCACAAAACUGCGCUCAGCACCUCCUGAACGGUGAGCUACUGAGUGGAGUCUACACGAUUUACAUUAACCGUGACUUCAGCCAGGGCAUUCAGGUCUACUGUGACAUGACUACAGAUGGCGGCGGCUGGAUUGUGUUCCAACGCCGCCAAAAUGGCCUGACUGAUUUCUUUAGGAAAUGGAGUGACUACAGGACUGGCUUUGGUAACCUGGAGGAUGAGUUCUGGCUAGGCCUGGACAACGUUCAAAAAAUCUCAGCUCAAGGUCGCUACGAGCUCCGCAUUGACAUGAGAGAUGGCCAGGAAGCGGUUUACGCCAACUAUGACAGAUUCUCCAUUGGAGAUGCUAGGAGUCUGUACAAGCUGAGGAUAGGAGAAUACAAUGGCACUGCUGGUGACUCUCUGAACUACCACCAGGGUCGGCCUUUUUCCACCACAGACAGAGACAAUGAUAUCGCCGUCACUAACUGUGCCCUUUCCUACAAAGGAGCCUGGUGGUACAAGAACUGUCACAGAGCCAACCUCAAUGGCAAAUAUGGCGAGUCCAGACACAGUCAGGGUAUCAACUGGUAUCAUUGGAAAGGCCAUGAGUUUUCUAUCCCUUUUGUGGAGAUGAAGAUGAGGCCCUACAACUACCGCAGCAUCAGUGGCAAACGAAGGAGGUCCACUCUGCAUUAAUCAGCCCUUCUCCCCUGUCUUACUAGCUUUUCCUAUUUUUACAUACCAUGAGGAAAGGAAAAUUUGAGGCUAUGUAAAGUAUUUGAAACUUCAAAUAAUACAGCUCCCUUUGAAGAAUGUUUAGUAGAGAUGAAAUGCCCUUUGAGUCAUAAAAUGAUUCCCUUCUGUAUAACACUUUUGACCCUUGUUUUGAGCAUGUAAAAACGUUUACGGUUGUAAUAGGGAACAGUGUACAGUUUACCACAAAUGGCUGUCAAAAAUAACUACAUUAAUAAAGAUCACAUAGAGAGGGUCUUAUUUUACCCCUUUGAGAAAGCAGAUUUUAGGAGAAAAUGAAUGCCCAGAAAAAUAAGAGACUUCUAUUUUUAUAAAUGGUGAAAAAAUAGCUGUUAAAAAUGAAUGAAUGAUUUAUGUUCAAGACUUUUCACCUAUUUUGUUUUGAAUUCAUUUUUUUAUCACCUUCAUUCAGUUUAUUCCACUGCCUGACAUGUGAAUGCAGCAAUUUGCUUUUAAAUCAUUAUAGCAGAACAGUCCAUUUCAUUGCAGAUGGACAAAUAUGAAUUAAUGUGAUCAUGGCCAUCCAAUCUCUUCUUCAAAAUAUGCCUCAUUUGGAAACCUAUAACAAACUUCUAUAUCACUUUUGUUGCUUGCAUUGAUGGUAUUUUCAAAAACCAAAGAUUUAUGAACAGGAAACACCUGCAGGUGUGAUACGUAAGAAUAUAAGCUUACAUGUUAGAUGCUUUUUUCGACAAUGAAAUGAAAUGCCAUCAGUGCAACUCAUAAGGAAUUCCAGACAAUCUGGCAACUUUUCCUUUGAAAGAGUGUCCAUGUGUAUGUGCAUGUAUCUGUAUGUGGGAGGGGGUUUAAAAAAUUCAGUAUCAUACUCCUGAUAUUGUAGAUGGAUUAUACUGUUUUAAAUCAGAUUAUUGCAGCGUAUGUUUGUCAUCCUAUUGAUUUCUUCUUUCAUCAUUACUGUGAUAUGUAGUAAAGAGAAUUAUUUCCAUCUUAUUCUUCCCAUUAAGUGUUUUAAAAGUUAUUGGUCUUGUAGACUUAAGUCAGAGAUAACUUCUACAACUACAUCCCAGUAAUUCCUCUAAAUUACAAACUUGUAGCAGUCUCGCUCUGUGGUGUUAGCUUUGUGAGAAACAUCCAUAAUUUUUUACCCAUUGUCUGUCUAACCACUGCUUGGCUGAGAUUGGGUCUCAAAGAGGAUUUUCUCAAAGUGCAUACGAAAAGUUUGCUCAUGCAUAGCAUAUAUUUAUUGCCCUCACAUCAACAUUUUCAGCUUCAUAUGAAAUCCACUCAUGAAAUUUAAAACACUUGUUUGUUCUUUUUAUUUUUUAUUAUGUUUUGUUUCAUUCUGUUUAUUUUAGACUAGCAUGUGUACUGAUUUACCUUUGUAGAUUAACAUCACCUUGAUGCAUUUUGUAUAAAAAAAUGAAAAAGUGUUAGAGAAUUUCAAACCAUUUAUGGACUGAGGCCUGUAAUGCAGUCAUUGUCACUUUAGUAGUAAAUGUAAGCCACAUAAAUUUUCUUCACUUUCUUCUUAAAAAAAUGUAACUCUUACCUCAAGUCUUAUCUAUAAUUUUUCUGUUUCACCAGCACAUUUAUAUUUCCGGUUACUUUUAUGUUUGUCUAAGAUAAAAGACUCCAGAAUCUUAACUAAUUUAUUUUUCUUUCAAAGGCAAAUAUAAGAUAAAACCCAUGAUAAAGCUAUUGGACUAUCUUUCAGUUGACUGUGAUACAAACAGAAACUUUUUAUUUCUUCCUCGCUUUAGC